AUGUCUCUCCGAGACCGUCAGGUCGCUUCUAUUCAAAAGAUCCUCAAUUUAAACCACGACCCGCGCCCCGCAGAGGAUGCCACCCAUGAGGCUUCGGCGCAAGGCCUCAUCUCGACCCCUAUACUUAACGAGGAUGGCGACCCGAUCUGGAAAAUCUUGGUGUUUGACAACCUCGGUCGGGACGUUAUCAGCAGCGUGCUACGGGUCAAUGAUCUUAGAGCUUGGGGGGUCACCAUCCAUCUAUACCCUAUCCCCGAUGUUCCCGUUGUCUACCUCGUCGAGCCCACUGCUUCCAAUAUUCAGUUAAUCGCGAAUGAUCUCCAGCGCGGCCUUUACUCCCCAGCCUACGUCAAUUUCCUAUCCUCCAUCCCUCGGCCUCUCCUCGAAGACUUCGCAUCCCAAAUAGCAACCACUGGAACCGCAGAACAUAUCGCCCAGGUAUACGAUCAGUAUUUGAAUUUCAUUGUCGCCGAACCAGAUCUGUUUAGCCUAGGUCUCGGAAAUGAUGCCUACUGGAGGAUCAACAGCGCAAAGACCAGCGACGCCGAUCUAGAUGAAAUUGUCGAUAAGAUUGUCAGUGGUUUAUUCAGCGUCAGCGUUACAAUGGGUGCCAUACCGAUCAUACGCUGUCCAAAAGGAGGUGCAGCUGAGCUUAUCGCGACAAAGCUAGAUCGUAAAUUACGCGAUCACAUUCUCAAUUCCAAAGACAACUUAUUCUCAGCUAACAAAAAGUCCACCCCCGGUGUUCCUUCAUCACGGCCGGUUCUCAUCAUCGUUGACCGCAACGUUGAUUUGGUUCCCAUGCUCUCACACUCGUGGACCUAUCAAUCGCUUGUGCAAGAUGUGCUGCAGAUGCGACUCAACCGUAUCACGGUAGAAACACCUGUGGAUGAGUCAAAUCCUGCCGCUGGCACAACAAAGAAGGCCUAUGAUCUCGGCAGUAAUGACUUCUUCUGGAAGCGUAACGCCGGUGCCCCGUUCCCGCACGUGGCAGAGGAUAUCGACGCCGAGUUAACACGAUAUAAAGAGGAUGCGACCGAAAUCACUAGGAAGACCGGAGCCUCCUCGAUCGAGGACCUUCAAGCAGAUACGAGUGCCUCUGCGCAGCACCUCAAAGCCGCCAUUACUCUUCUACCCGAGCUACGAGAGCGGAAAUCGAUUCUCGACAUGCACAUGAACAUCGCCACCGCUCUGCUUAAGGGUAUCAAAGACCGCCAACUAGAUAACUUCUUCGAGCUUGAAGAGAAUAUCACCAAACAAUCUAAAGCACAGAUUCUCGAGUUAAUUAGUGACCCUACCAAGGGCACUAACCCCACAGACAAACUCCGGAUAUUCCUCAUCUGGUUCCUGAGCACAGAAACUGAACUCUCCCGUGCAGACAUCAGCCAAUUCGAAGAAGCUCUUACCCGCACGGGAGUCCAGGACAUCAGCCCCAUCGCUUACGUCAAGCAAGUCCGCGAGCUCACCCGCAUGACAAUGAUGACGACGGCCACUGCAGCUCCACAGCAGCAAUCCUCGGACCUCUUCCGCGGCUUCUCCUCCCUCUCCAAUCGCCUCACAGACCGCAUCACUUCCGCGCCCUAG